AUGACGUCUACUUCGAUCGGAAGAGCGCGAAGUGGAAGCGCUUCGACGCUCGCAAAUGCGAGGAACAUGAUUGAGCGCACGCUUGGUGGUCGGUCGCGUGGUGGGAGCAUCAGCAACGAGCAUUCCACGCCCAAGACUAGGACGCGGUCGGGAUCCAACCCGCUGUCGCGCCUCAUGAACAGGACAGCAACUCCAACGCAAUCGGAGCACGAGGUCGAUCCAAGCGUCGCGAACGACACUCCCGUCGCUCCUGGCAUCUGCACCCCGACUUUCGGCAACAUGAACUGGAGCCUGCCGCCUCUGGACACUCGCACCGCCCCUGCAUCCCACGAUGACAUGUGGGAUGCUCUCAACUCUUCAGAAGAGCUCACAGAGAUGCUCGAUUCGGAAAGCGUGCCCAGAGACUUUGGUGACGCUGAGAACCACCUUACUCGCCGUUCGCUCGGUCUGGGCUUUGACCCCACUGGACUGGUAGCUUAG